AUGGCGCUUCACUCACCAGUGCCGGGGCUCGGUUUCGUGAUGGUGCCAAUGCCCUACACCCUACACCCUACUCCCUACUCCAUACACCCUACUCCCUACACCCUACACCCUACUCCCUACACCCUACACCCGAUUCCCUUCUCCCUACUCCCUACUCCAUACUCCCGAUUCCCUACUCCAUACUCCCGAUUCCCUACUCCAUACUCCCUACACCCUACUCCCUACAACCGAUUCCCUACCCCGUACUCCCGAUUCCCUACUCCCUACACCCUACUCCCUACUCCCGAUUCCCUACUCCAUACUCCCGAUUCCCUACUCCGUACUCCCGAUUCCCUACUCCCGAUUCCCUACUCCCUACUCCCGAUUCCCUACUCCCUACUCCCGAUUCCCUACUCCCUACUCCCUAUCCCCUACUCCCGAUUCGCUACUCCCUACUCCCUAUUCCCUACACCCUACUCCCGAUUCCCUACUCCCUACUCCCGAUUCCCUACUACCUACUCCCUACUCCCGAUUCCCUACUACCUAUUCCCUACACCCUACUCCCUAUUCCUUACACCCUACUCCCGAUUUCCUACUCCCUAUUCCGUACUCCCUACUCCUGAUUCCCUACUCCCUAUUCCCUACACCCGAUUCCCUACUCCAUACACCCUACUCCCUAUUCCCUACUCCCUACUCCUGAUUCCCUACUCCCUACACCCUACUCCCUGCACCCUACUCCCUAUUCUCUACACCCUACUCCCGAUUCCCUAUUCCCUACUCCCUACUCCCGAUUCCCUACUCCCGACGGCCUACUGCCUACUCCCUACUCCCGAUUCCCUACUCCCUACUCCCUAUUCCCUAAUCCCUAAACCCUCCCCUGGGAACUGUGAAAGCAAGUAA